AAUAUGGUGGCAUCCUUCCUGGCUACUUGAAUGAAGUACGAAGCUAGAGUUGAAGACCGGCAGGCAGGGCAUAAGUGAUCAUGGGAAAGCAGGGACAAUGCAAGGCUGGUGGCUCUUCAAAGACUUACGUUCUGAAGCUGGACAUGCACUGCCAAUGCUAUGGAUGUGUGAAGAAGAUCAAGGACGGGGUGAAGGAGAUGAGCCUUUCACAAGCUGCAGGGGUGGAGCGAGCUGAUGUUUCAGCAGAGACAGAGACCGGAGAGGUGAGGGUGAGAGUGACGGGUGGAGUGGACAUGGACCCUCUGAAGCUCUGCUGCCUGCUGCAAGAGGCAACCAAGAAGAAGUGUGUGAGGAUACUACUCGAAGAAGAAGAGAGCGUCCCAUCGACAGGACCAGGACGCAUUGCAAGGCCUGGGCAAACCAACAACACCUCUCUGUUUGGUCAGGUGUCGUCGGACUGGGUGGCUCCGGAGGCUGCUGGUGGGUGGCGGCGACACGGCGCGGGCACCUUCCACGCAACCGCCCCAAGCGCCCCGCCGCUGCCGUUGGAGGAACAACUAGAAGCGGCGGCGGCAUGGAGCGAGACGACGGCGCCUUCGGAGCGGUGCCGGUACCGAUGGGCGGCGCCUGGUAGCACGCUUGGCGUGUGGGCUGCGUCAGAGAUCACCGGGACAUUGGCCAUGUACGAGCUGUGAUGUGAAAACCACCACCCAUAUUGUAAAACGAAGCAAUAAUGCCGUUGAUAGAUGGCUUGCUUCCUAUACUUAGUACUCCGUACAAUAUACUACUAUAUACUUUCUCUAUCCUAAA